CUACAUCACUUCCUGGAGACUGGCCGAAUCCGGAAGUGAUUCUCGAGAGCCUACUUUUCUACAGAGGACCCCGGCAGUCGGCGUGGGUUUAGAACCAUGAGUUGGAUUCCUUUUAAGAUCGGGCAGCCCAAGAAACAGAUUGUUUCCAAAACAGUGGAGAGAGACUUUGAGAGAGAGUAUGGAAAACUGCAGCAGCUGGAAGAGCAGACCAAGCGCCUGCAGAAGGACAUGAAGAAGAGCACUGACGCAGACCUGGCCAUGUCCAAAUCUGCUGUGAAGAUAUCCCUGGACCUACUGUCCAACCCACUGUGUGAGCAGGACCAGGACUUUCUGCGCAUGGUGACAGCCCUAGACACAGCCAUGAAGCGGAUGGAUGCCUUCAACCAGGAGAAGGUGAACCAGAUCCAAAAGACAGUGAUUGAACCCCUGAAAAAGUUCAGCAGCAUAUUCCCAAGCCUCAACAUGGCGGUCAAACGGCGGGAGCAGGCCUUGCAAGACUACGGGAGGCUGCAGGCCAAGGUGGAGAAGUACGAGGAAAAGGAGAAGACUGGUCCCGUGCUGGCCAAGCUCCACCAGGCCCGAGAGGAGCUACGGCCUGUACGGGAAGACUUUGAGGCCAAGAACAAACAACUCCUGGAUGAGAUGCCACGGUUCUAUGGCAGCCGACUCGACUAUUUCCAGCCCAGCUUUGAGUCCCUGAUCCGGGCACAGGUCAUAUACUACUCAGAAAUGCACACCUUGCCUCCUCCCAGGUUAUAUACUACUCAGAAAUGCACACCUCUUGCCUCCUCCCAGGUUAUAUACUACUCAGAAAUGCACACCUCUUGCCUCCUCCCAGGUCAUAUACUACUCAGAAAUGCACACCUCUUGCCUCCUCCCAGGUUAUAUACUACUCAGAAAUGCACACCUCUUGCCUCCUCCCAGGUCAUAUACUACUCAGAAAUGCACACCUCUUGCCUCCUCCCAGGUCAUAUACUACUCAGAAAUGCACACCUUGCCUCCUCCCAGGUUAUAUACUACUCAGAAAUGCACACCUCUUGCCUCCUCCCAGGUUAUAUACUACUCAGAAAUGCACACCUCUUGCCUCCUCCCAGGUCAUAUACUACUCAGAAAUGCACACCUCUUGCCUCCUCCCAGGUCAUAUACUACUCAGAAAUGCACACCUCUUGCCUCCUCCCAGGUCAUAUACUACUCAGAAAUGCACACCUUGCCUCCUCCCAGGUUAUAUACUACUCAGAAAUGCACACCUCUUGCCUCCUCCCAGGUCAUAUACUACUCAGAAAUGCACACCUUGCCUCCUCCCAGGUUAUAUACUACUCAGAAAUGCACACCUCUUGCCUCCUCCCAGGUCAUAUACUACUCAGAAAUGCACACCUCUUGCCUCCUCCCAGGUCAUAUACUACUCAGAAAUGCACACCUCUUGCCUCCUCCCAGGUCAUAUACUACUCAGAAAUGCACAAGAUCUUUGGAGACCUGACCCAGCAGCUUGAGCAGCCAGGCCACUCAGAUGAGCAGCGAGAGCGGGAAAAUGAGACCAAACUAAGUGAACUCCGAGCCCUCUCCAUUGUGGCGGAUGACUGAGCCUGUCCCUCAGGAGCCCUUAGAUUCUUUGGGACACGGAUGACAUCUCUAUAGGCUUUGCUCCUAGCAGACAUGGAUUCAUGGACCUCCCAAUGGCCAGGCAGUUGGAGACACUAUUCUACCCUGCCAGUUGUCUGACUUAAAUGUCUCCAUUUCCUUGAGCCUGAUACAAGGAGCCUCACUGGCUAUGGUUUCCCUGUGUCCAGUGCUGAUAAGCAAUGUAGAAAAACCCUGGGGCCCUUUUUACUUCCAGAACCGUCCAGGAUGUGCUAUAGUGUCUGGCCAGUGGGAGCCUUUGGACGGGCCUGUGCUUCCUGUGAAACUUGAGGCCUUAGCUGUCUACCUCCAGAGGACCUACUCUAGGGAAGCCACCGUCCCCUCAGGACUCUUUAGAUUGUUUGUUGGGUGCGGCCCAGUGCCCUGGGCAGCAGACUCUGGUCUCUCAGCCUCUGUGGGCCCUUUAUGCCGACACAAGGAAAGCUGGUCCCCUACAGGUCCAGCAUGGGGACAAACCCCAGGUGUUUAGCUUGCCCUUCCUUGAACUGGGACUUUGUCUCUAGCUGUUCACUAGAAAAUGUUACAUGUUGAACGGCAGCCCUCAAAGCAAGGCUUCUGUCUCACCUGUAUUACUGGAAUUUUAUUUUCACUUGUUAUUGGAAUUUUAUUUUCAAGUAAAGUUUUCCAGUAAAACAA